UGUGAAAAAAUCCAGCCGGCGCCUCUUCCUCCCCCACAAAUAUAAAUUCCUUCCUCUUGAAUUCGUUUUUAGGGGAUGAUAAGAGAGAAAAAGGUGAAAUAAGGACACCGCCUCCAUAACGCUGAACAAGGGACGCGGAACGGAACAAAACACGGAGGAGAUGUUUUGAGCAGAAGAAAAACUCCGCCUUCAAAUUUACGCUGAAAAUAGACGAAAUACGAACCCGAGGGCGUCUCUGCCUCACACGUGGAGCGGAAAACGAAUAACAAACCACUAAAACACCCGAGUGAUGGUGAAGAUGGCGUGCAAGUGCUGUUUAGAGGAGGAGAAAGACAGAUGCUGAGGCUCGGCUCCCGCAUCGCCUUCCAGUAAAUGGCGAAGAAUAUCACAACGAUGGUGUAGCGGGGCCGCCAUGAAGAACAAGACGGAGGUAUCGAGGACAGAUGUGUGCGUUAGGGUGGUCAAAGGGGCGCUGGAGGGAGGUGGAGGCGUCAUGGCGGAGAAACUUGAGAAAAUGCCUCCCUCCCCAGCCUCCCAGCAUCCCUCAUCUCCGCCGCUCUCGCCCUCCUCGCCUCCAAAGAUUAAGUGCGAGAGCCACACGGUGUUCCUGGGCACCCACUCCCCGCCCCCCGCAGGCCCCGGCGCGGAGGUCAAGGGGCGCCCCGGCAACCCCAUAGCCAGCGGCAGCACCGGGGGGGAGGAGGUCAAGCCAGCCCCGGGGGUCACGACGGCCGCGGGGGGAGGGAGGCUCACGUUUUUUAAGGAGGGCAAGUUCGUUCUGGAGCUGUCCCACCGCACAGACAUGGGCGCCCCGGCCGGCUGGGUGCCCGUCAAGAGCAAGACCUACUGGCCGCCGCCCUCGUCCACCACCACCACCACCACCCAACACCCCCUGCGCCACGACACGCCCACCUCGCAGUCUGUAUCAGAUGACUGUUCGUCCCUUAACUCCUCGCCAUGGACCAGCGACCACAUCAGGAAGCAGCCACUGCCCCGCCCCGCUCGAGGCCCCUCCAACCCACUGCUGCCCCCCCCAUUCUGGUUCUGCUGCCCCCCCAAAGCCAGGACUCUGAGGCGGCGGGUGACGGGCGGCUGGCGGAGGCGGAACCCACUCGUCCAGCCUCCGGUUAAAGAGUUUGCGGCUAAACUUGAGGGGAACAAGUUUGAGGUGGAGGAGAAGUGUGUGAAAAAGGAGAAAGUGGAAGGGGAGAGUGCCAAGGGGAGGGGGACUGCCAGAGUGGAGAAGUGGGUGCGUGUGUUGUGGAUGAAGGCUGGGGUGCGGGUGGAGACCGGCACCACCCUGCAGAGCCUGUUUGAGCAGCGGAACAGUGUCGGGGGCGGGGCAGGAGAGGCAGUGGACCCCACCUUUGUGUCGCCCCGCAAACGUUACCUCCGCCAGAUGGAGACGGACCAGGACAUGCCCUCCGUCCUCCACCGGAAGAAGUUGCAUGCGGCGGGGCUCCCCCAUGGGCCCGGGGACAGAGGGGCGGGGAUGCCACAGGUCUCCUCCUCCGCUUCCUCCUCCUCCUCCUCGCUCUCUGUGUCUGUCUCCGCCCCACACCGCAGCGCCAUGAAUGCCUUCCCCCCGUCCGUGUACAGCAUUGAGUCCAUCCUUAACCACGAAGGGGCCGGGGCCAGCGCUGGGGCAGGGACUGGGGCUAGUCGCCGGGGUGACUCCUUCCUGCGGACACUCCUCAAGCCAGAGGUCAAGCCCAGCCCUGCCCGGCCCAGGGAGCAGCGGCCCCCAGACCCUCCCCAGCCCGCACCGGUGAAGGCCGAGCGGGAGCAGGCUGGGUCUGCAGGGCCUGAGCGGGGGGACCCCCUGCUUGACCUUAACAGGCCCUCCCCCGACCGCUACGACCUGUCCCGGUACGGCCCCGUGGCCGGCCUGUACCACCUGCCGUAUGUGGACCCCCGGUACAUGAUGCUGCACACACUGGUGCCUGGCCUGGUGGCCCCCAGCAACCCCCAGCACUCAGAGGUGGCCCAGGCCCUGGCUGCCGCCGCUGCUGCCACCGCCAGCCUGGGCACCUACCCCCUGGGACCACUGACCCCGCACCUCCCCGGGGCACAGUACUACUACCCCCCCACCUCUGUGGCGGCCCAGCUGCUGCGGCCGCCGGCGGUGUCUUCACGCUGCUCACCCCACCCCCCAGCCUCCCCCAGCCCCAAGACACACUACCCACCCCCCACCCCUGUCUCUCCACACCUCAGUCGGGGUGCCAGCCCCAGGGGGCGUGCCUCCCCUUGGCAGCCUACCCCACCCCCAGCCCACCCCUUGUCCCCUCACCCCUCCCUAGCCUCGCCCCUUCCAUCACCACCACCACAAGAUGCACCGCUCAACUUGUCCAAACCAAGAAAUCACAAUCACUUAGGGAAGUAGAAGGCAAGCCAAGGAAGGAAGGAAGUUUUGAGGCCACACAGCACGGAAGAAGAUGGAAGAGAACAGAGAGAGGAGGGAGAGUUGUGCUGCAUUCAGGGUCAUCAUUCACUCCAGCUUAAGCGACAGGACACAGGGCUAUGCUAAGGUGUCUCGUGCAUUACUGGAAGGUACAGAAGUUGGUCAUUGUUAUGCAGAGGGAUCACACAUAGUCACCAGCAUAUCGUCACAAACUUGCCCUUUCCUAACCUGUAUUAUCUGUUAGGACUGGGGUCUUUAAUAGUCACUCAAACUCAUUCAUUGCCCAAAACUAUCACAACUUGUCUUAAUAUCUUCUUCCUAUUCUAAUUUCUUUGUUUGAGCAUCCUAUUGUCAGUAACAUCUAUAUACAAACUUCAUUUCUCUUCUAGUUUACUCAGUCAUUCAUGCCCAAAACUAUCACAACUUGUCUUAAUAUCUUCUUCCUAUUCUAAUUUCUUUGUUUGAGCAUCCUAUUGUCAGUAACAUCUAUAUACAAACUUCAUUUCUCUUCUAGUUUACUCAUACAUUCAUUCCCCAAACUAUCACAACUUGUCUUAAUAUCUUCUUUCUAUUCUAAUUUCUUUGUUUGAGCAUCCUAUUGUCAGUAACAUCUAUAUACAAACUUCAUUUCUCUUCUAGUUUUCUCAGUCAUUCAUUCCCUAAACUAUCACAACUUUUCUUCAUCUACAUUUUCUUUUCUGAUUUCCUUUCUGCCAGUAUUGUCAUUACUAUUAAUAUACAAUCUUCUACUCUACUCAAAUUCAUUCAUUCCAGCAAACUAUCACAACUUUUCUUCUUCUUCUUCUUCUUUUCAUUUAACAUCCUCAAUUUCCCUUAUGGAGUUGCACAAGGUAUAAGUCUCUCCUACUCUUGACUCCUGAUGUUCCUGUUGUUCAUCCUUCUAUUAUAACUUUGUCUAUGUUUCCUUCCUUUUUCAUAUUUUCUGUCCUAAGCAUCCUGACAGUAUUUUUAUUACCAUAUAUACAAGUUACCUUUCUCACCAUCUCUUCCAUGUUUCCCUAAACCAUCUCCAUUUAAUCAUCUAAGCUACUCCUCAUAACAGUUUAUAAAAAGACAAACCAAACACACAUGCUAUAGAAUGCAACAUAAGACCUCCAUCCAUGUCCUCUCAUCUUGCCGUCAUCCUCAUCUUCUUAGCUGUAAUAUAAACUUUUUGCAGUAUUUUAAAACUUCACAGUCUUGCCUUAUACUCCACACACAGUACCGAUAAACCUCACAGAGUCCUGCCUUGUAUUUCCACUCUCUCGCUUUCCACUGCCUCCCUUGUUUUAUAUUGACGAGCAGAUAUUCCUCCUGUCUGCCACUGCCUGAUAAUUCCCGACACAUGAUAGGAAUUUCUCAAGGGACUAAAGGACAAGUGGAGUGUUCGUCUUCAAGUCUUUUUUUGCUCUGGUCACACACGCAUAUACUCUUGAGCAUGUCACUGUGUUGUCCGUGGUCUGGUAGCCGUGAUGAAAGUCGACAUUUGAGGCGUUGGGUUGAGAAGGGGCUUACAGGACAAAGGCUUAUUUUCUUGUUUGCACUGGGAAAGACAAGCUACAUAUUCUGGGAUGAACAAGAAACAAGUUGCAGAGGAAAAGGGACCUUGUAUUUGGUGUGCUGAGGGUUGAUUUUCGCUUGCAACUCACGUCUUGUUUCUAUACCAGGAAAAGCAGACUACACAGAAAGGACAAGAAACAAGUUGCGAGGAAAAAGGGACCUUGUAUUAUGUGUACUGAGGGUCGAUUUUCCUUUGCAACUCGUAUCUUGUUUUUCCUGCGAUGUGAAGUCUGUCUUUCCCAGUGCAUACGAGAAACAAAUGGCUCUAUCCCUUGCGUUCCUUCUCCUCCAAGUGCUUCAUUUCUUCAGUUUACUCUAUCUCCUGUUGAAACUUUCCAUCCUAUUCCUCAAAAGUUUCUUCACUCAGUUUUAUUUCUAAUGUAAAAACAUGUAGCUAUUUUAUUACAUCACUAUUACUCCUUGUUUUCUGUAAGGUACGCAAGCCACAAAACAUUAUUAUUUGUAUAUACUUAACGUGUGAAUGUGUGGUAUUGCAAUCGACAGCAGCUCUUCCGUCACCCACCAGCCACACCUUACACCAUACCAUUGCAGGGCUGGGAAGGGUCAUCCACCAAGCAUCUCCAUUGUCACCCGUUUUCCUUAACCUCAUCCAACAGAAAGGGUCCCAAGCAAUACCGUGUUAUGUGCUAGAUGGAUUUGCUCUGUGUACGUAAGUGUGUAUUUGUGUGUAUGUGUGUGUGUGCGUUCUGAAUGACAAGUCCCAUCAUGGCUGUCAAAUUUGUUGGAAUAUGGAAGCAUCUCUCUCAGCUCCUAUGAAUUACAUGGUGCGUAUUGCAUAGCUUGGCAUCCGAGUGUAUUCAAAGAUGCCAUUUGUGAAGUGGAGUUGUACCUUUCAUGCAUCGGACAUUACAUCCUUACAUUGCAUAGCGGAGCAGCACCAGUUCCUCAAUUUGCAUGGGAGACUUCUUUGUAUUCCCAUCAGAAGUAUCCUUAACAGUGGAUUGAUGUGUAGGAUAGUCAUGGUUCUCGUAGCAGACAGACAGACACGGUUGUAAAGACCUAAGAAGCGAUAUGAAACGUCAGAGGUCUAGAAGAGUUAUGCGGCAGUAACUUUGCCAACCAGUUACUGCGUCAGGCUUGAUCAAGUUAGUGUGUCUACCUCAGGUGCUCAUGGCGUGGUGGAGACAAUACUGGGCAGCAAGUGAGACAGCUGUGCACCAUGACGAGUUUCUUGCAAGGUUUGGAAAGUUGUCGGUCUGGCCGUUAGAAAAGUGGUUAUGGAGUCAUGUCUCUCAGUCUUGCCUUCUUCUAUUGACUUCCAGCUCAUCCACACACACACUGGUGCAUUCAUGUUAGACAGAUAGGCUCUUGUACAAAUGGUAUGCCCACAUCAUCAUCGGCGCAGCACAGAAUUGCAUGUCUCUGGGCGUCAUCAAAGUCUCCGUGGCCUUACUCAUCAGAAACUCCGCAAAUAUCUCGUUCAGGCCCCAGGUUUGCCUCUCUACAUGAUGUACAAGAGAGGGAAAAGACCUGGUGAAGUUCCUGCAAUGUUGUCACAAAAGUGUUCUGAACAGUUGAAGACAGUACAGUGUUUGAAUGUCAGAACCCAAAAUUUUCAUGUGAAAACUGUCACAAGCAGAGCAAACAAAAACAAAACUCAACAUUGCCUCUCAGAAAGGAGGAGAUAUGUGACAAUUAUUGAAAUACAAAAAAAGUUAUGUCUUAUUUUGCCCAAGUGGACAAUUCAUUAAAUUGAUUGCCUUAUGAACGAGGUUUUGCCGCACAAAUUGUAUUUUGUCGGCCAUUUGUGCCUUCUCGGUGUCUCUCGGACUUUGCCAGGCUGGCCAGCCACAGUCAGCUGGUCAGUCCUCUAAAAAUAGCCAAGCAUCCUCCUUAGACUGGACUGGAGAGGCACCCAACACACCUGAUCUCCUUACCUGAAGACUCGCCUUCAUAUAUAUCUGCUUAUGCUUGUACCCGGUGCAGGGGAUGGGCGGUGAGACUGCUGGCAGCGUCCUGUUUGAUUGUGAGCUGUGUAGAUGGCCUGACAAAUUGCCUGCAAUAUUUUUUUAAACUCUGUCAAAAAAAAUGGAACAUGAGAUUAAUAGGGUAAUGUUAAUGUAUUAUUUGUCCCCCGCCUAAUUGGCUGUGCCUGUUCACUCCAGUAUUUGUGGCACAACACACACACAGCACUGCCAGCCAUCGUCACAAGCUGCCAGCCACUGUGCCAGGGGAGUGUUGCCAGGUGUGCGGAUACAACCACCACCUUCCCGAGGGUCUUGUGGGGAAAACAGUUGUUUGUGGCUCCUCAUUUUGCAAGUUUUAAUGAAAUACACAAAGGCUAUGAUACAAGCAUUAAAAAAUACUUCCGACAGUCAGCUGCAACGGCCACACUAAUGCAACACAAACUAUUAUAAGCCUGGGAGAUGAGGAUCCUAGCGCUCGUGUGCACAGAAGCAUCUCUUGCCCUCCUGGCUGCAUGAUCUCAUUGUGUUGGUAAGGCUGCGGCUCUUGGCCUGGUGGUGUGUACAGUUUGGUCUGUGGGUGCUGGCCCUCAGACAAGCAUGAUGAGUCAAGGAGUGGACCAGCUGUUAAGGGGGAGUAGAGGUUUGUUUUUGUCCAUUGCUGCUCAUUAAAGCUGGCCAAAGAGGGUUCUUGACUACUCGCCUCCUCUUCCAGCUGGACACAACACAAAGACAAUAAUAAUAAUAAUAAAUAUGCACUUCAUAAUAACCAGAUCAGGAGGUUACAUUAAUUUCCCCUAAAGAUAACAUGCUAUUGGAUGACUAUUUGAGUAUUCCCUAUAACUGAACACACCACAAGCCAUAAUAGUAUAAAAAUCAGCAGCAUUUCACAUCAUUCCCUGCCAAGAACUUAUGAGUAUUGAAUUAAUUUUACUAGGAGAAAACUAUGUGAUUAUUCUAUAUAGCUGAACACACCUCAAGCCCCAUAAUCAGUAGCAUUUCACAUUAAUUCCCUCCCAAAACCUAAGAGUAUUUUCCAUAAUGAACACCUUUAUCAAGAACCUAAGAGUAUUUUCCGUAAUGAACACCUUUAUCAAGAACCUAAGAGUAUUUUCCAUAACGAUCACCUUUAUCAAGAACCUAAGAGUAUUUUCCAUAAUGAACACCUUUAUCAAGAACCUAAGAGUAUUUUCCAUAAUGAACACCUUUUUUCACUGUGUUAUUGCAGUUUCCCUAAUUUAAGAGUAUUUCAUUAAAGGAUCCCAGAGUGAGGUGCCACAACCAUCACUUCCUAUAACCCCCACUGGCCCUAGAUUCAGAGAGCAGGUUCUCUCUCUCUCGCUCGCCGCUGAAUGUAAACAAAAACAUCAGCAUCCGACAGUGUUAGUAUUUAUUUUUAUUUUUUUACAGCAGAGGAGUCAGUUCAAGGGCAUAAAUAAGGUAACAAAUGUGGGGAAAAAUGCCCGUUACCUCGGAGCUGUGUAUUACCCUGGACGCACCUUCACACUCUCUCUGCGUAGGUUUGGCUGCCUUCAUCACCUCGAGUGCAAAUACUGUACAUGUGUAGCGAGUUCCAGUGCUUCAGUUUCAAUCAUCUAUUACUCUCUUUAUUUCCAGCAUUUAUUGGCAUUUUGUGUUGUUUUGUAUCCUCUGUAUAGUAGUUUGUCAUUGUGUUCAUUUCUCACCCUCCAUGUCAUUGUUUUUUUUCUCUCAUUCCACGCAAAUCAUUCUGACUGCCAUCUCGUACAUCCGUUGGAAUAGCCAUUUAUGAGGAAACCAUGCAAUUUGUAUUCAUUAAUGUACCUAGUUCAUUUAUUAUUAUUAUUAUUAUUAUUAUUAUUAUUAUUAUUGUUGUAGUCGUUGUGCUACCUCCGCUGCCCCUUGAAAGUGUAAACAAAAUCCUGUACAUUGAUAUCAGUUAAGUUACGGACGAUAACUUUCCUUGUGUAAAAGUGAGAGGUUAGGGCAACAAUGUUUUUUUUUCUGUAUUAAUAAUAACUCCACAGGUACAAGAGUCACUAACUAAGAUGUUUGUCUGAGAUGGGGAUAGCUGGACACUGGCUGAAUGCUAGUGUGUGUGUGUGUGGGUGUGUGUGUGGGUGUAAAUGCAAGUUUGUGUGUAUGUGUGAUGAGGGGGGGAGGGGUAAGCAUCAGUGUGUGUGUGUGUGUGUGUGUCGUUCCCAGCGGAGUGCAAAUGUGUAAUCUAGUUCUAUUUUUAUAAGCAGAAAACGCAAGUGUACAAUAACCUCACCUGACUGGCCUCAUAGCGAACUUUAGUGAACCGCUUUCUGCCUGACACUUCAACACAAAAAGAUAUAUACACUGUUCCGCCAGUCCUCCAGUGAAAAGACUCUUCUAACCUAAUUCAGGGAUGACAUGACUACCCUUGUAUGGACACAGAUAGUCGUCCCCCAAAUAGUACGGUUUCGGUUUUAUGUAGAUUUUCAUCGAAGGUUUUUUUAGGAUUUUUGAAUUUCCCGAUAAGCAGGAAAUUUAAAAAUCCUAAAAAGGUCUUCUAUGACAAUCCGUAUAAAACCGAAACCGUACUAUUUGAGGGGCGUCUGUAUUCAUUUAUAAUUUCUCUGUGUUCCUUGGUGAGCUUUGAUAUGGCAACCUUUUUUUAGACAUGACUUCCAAUGACUAUUUAUCACAUUUAUCUUAGUUUGUUCUUGUUUAACGCCAUAUUUUCUCUUAUGGGGUUGAAUGGGCUAUGAGUCUAUCCCACUUCUUGACUUAGUUCGUUGAUGAUUAUAAUUCUUGGUGACCCGAUUGAGAGAUUUUACCUUGUGUUUGUCUAGUGUCAGGACUCCACAUGUAUUCCUUAAUGCCUAUGAAAGAAACUGUUUUGUAUUUACUGGAUGUGUCCUCUCUAUACUAUUCUUUUUUUGUCUGUGAAAUUACCUGUAGACCUUUGAAUUACUCUUUUUUUAUAGUUAUACCAGUCAGCCAGUCACUGAAAACCUGUAUUGACAGUCGCCUCAUCCUUAUACCAUGACUGCUUGGUACGAUUUCGGAAACACUUUUUUGGGUGAUAAAUAACACAUGCCAAAUCUUUUCCGACGCAUUUACGAGCGAGUUUCAAGUCCCUGAGAAAACCCUUUUAAUCCAUCAUGGUGAAAAUUCACAAAACACUUUUUCAGGGUGAUAUAAAAACAUGCCAAACCUUCUCUGACGCAUUUACAAGUGAGUUUGAGGUUCCUUUAAAAUCCCUAUUAACCGUCACGGUGGAAAUAUAGAAACACUUUUUUGGGGGUUUUAACAAUACAUGCCAAACCUCUUCUGACGCAUUUACGAGUGAGUUUCAGGUUCCUUUAAAAUCCCUAUUAACCGUCAUGGUGGAAGUACGGAAACACUAUUUUGAGCCGAUAAAUAACAAUGCCAAAUCUCUUCUGACGCAUUUACGAGUGACUUUCAAGUUCCUUUAAAUACCCUCUUUAUCCUCAUGCCGGAAAUACAGAAACACAAUUUUGGGCCUAUAAAUAACACAUGCCAAACCCUUUCCAACGCAUUUACGAGUGAGUUUCAGGUUCCUUUAAAAUCCCUAUUAAUCCGUUGUUAUGGAUAUGCAGAAACACUUUUGGGGUGAUAAAAAAACCAUGCCAAACCUCUUUAUGACGCAUUGACAAGGCCGAGAUCCCCGAUGAAACCCUAAUCGUCCGCAGAUCGUAGAGUGUAUUUUUCUGUCGCUCGGUAGGGCUAGGGUAGGCUAAGAGUGACGCUGCAUUAUGGUGUCUGUGAUUGUGUGAGGCAGGCAAGCAGGCAGGCAGUCCACCCUCCUAUUCACUAAGGGAUCGAGCAAUGGUACAAAAAAUUGAGGUGUAAGUUCCGGGCAUAAAUAACCUGACACAAAAAAAAUAAAGGAUAGUUGAUGCUUUGCUUUGGAAAUAUUGUGAUAUACUUGAGCAUUUCCCAGCAUUGACUUGUAAGGGUGUACAGGAAACACUGCCACGAGCAUCUGUGCAUUUAUAUACUUGGAUUUAAUGCUUAUAUUUUGUGACAUAUGUGUAUAACUGUAUAGAGCCAGAUAGAGUGUGUGUGUGUGUGUGUGUGUGUGAGUGGACGAGUGCGUUUAGCGCGUAAGGUUUUGUAGUAGCGAUGAUAUGAGGUCAAGCGUCACUGUAAAAAUGUUUAUAUGUUUUAUAUUGUGCCAAAAUGCAUUUCUCUAAAA